AUGGGCUUUACUCCGCAACAGCCCAUCAAUGUCAAGCCCACUAACAUACAUGUCCAGUCCAACACAUCAGUUCAGUCCAACAGGGAAAAACCUGUUUCUCCUCAGUCUUCUCCAACCUUCCAACGACUACUUCCACCUGCACAAACAGACGAAACCGGAGCAGUCAACAAAGGAAAAGCAAAGCCAUUAGCAUUCAUACCAGUUCCUGCAAUCGAUGGUCAGAUUGGCUACAUUUCAAAUCCUAACUUUCUGGCGUGGCAUCGAGUAGAUGAGGUGGUUCGAGCUUGGCUUCUUGGGUCUCUCUCAGAAGAUAUACUUCGAGAUGUCGUUGACACCACCACUGCACAAGAACUCUGGUCAGCCCUUGCUCAGCACUUUAACAAGGUAUCAGCUUCUCGUCUUUUUGAACUACAACACAAGCUUCAAACUGUCAAAAAGUUAGACAAGUCAAUGGAUGAAUAUCUUAGAGAAAUCAAGAGGGUUUGUGAGCAACUUGCCUCUAUAGGUAGUCCUGUUAGCGAACAAAUGAAGAUCUUUGCUACUCUUAAAGGUUUAGGCAGAGAAUAUAAGCCUAUAAAAACCUCGGUAGAAGGAUCUAUGGACACCCAUCCCUCUCUGACUUUGGAUGCUGUGACUUCAAGGCUCACAAGUUACUCGUACCGCUUAGCAAGUUACAACACCGGUUCUGAGGUUUCUCCACACAUGGCAUUUAACACUUAUGGUCCUGCUGCUUCCGGCUACCAGUUUGACAGUCUUCCUCAAGCGCUGGCUACUCUUAAGAUUACCGAUGUUACAGAUCAGAAUGGAAAUGAAUGGGUAUCUGACACUGGUGCAACAUCUCAUGUGACCAGCUCACUUCAUCACCUGCAUCAAUCACAAAUGUAUGAGGGCAAUGACGCAAUAAUUAUGGGGGAUGGGAGUUUUCUACCAAUAACACACACGGGUUCAACAAGUCUUCCUUCAACCUCUGGUAACUUACCUCUUAACGAUGUUCUUGUUUGUCCUGGCAUUGCAAAAUCCUUGUUAUCCGUUCAAAGCUCACAACCGACUAUCCUUGUGGUUUUCAAUUUGAUUGUGAUGAUGUGCGAAUUUAUGAUAAGGCAACAAGGGGUUGUUGACAAAGGGAAGGCACAAUAA